AUGUCGGAACCGAAUUCUACUGUGCCAUCUCCACCACCAAAUGAUAAAAAUGAAAAAGAUAAAAAUAGACCGAAAUUAAAGAUUCUAGCUUUUCAUGGAUAUCGUCAGAACGGUGCAAUUUUCAGAGGGAAAAUUGGUUCAUUUAGAAAAGCUGUUUCUAAGUAUGCGCAACUAACCUUCUUUUCAGCUCCUCAUAAAGUUGUUAAUGAUGACGGAAGCGACGAAGACACUAGAUCCUGGUGGUUCAAUGCAGAGGAUAAUUCCUUUAGUGGUAAAUGCUUGGGUGGGCCUGCAAUUGGAUUUGAAGACACAUUAAAUUUAGUUGAGAAUAUAGUGGCAGAGUAUGGACCUUUCGAUGGAUUUAUGGGAUUUUCUCAAGGAGCGUGCCUUGUUGGUAUAUUAGCUGCCAUGCAACAGAAAGGAUAUUUACCAUAUACAUUUCAGUUUGCAAUAUUUGCAUCUGGAUUUAGAUCAGGUAGCUUGGUUCACAAAGGAUUCUACGAUGAGGAUAUCAAUCUGCCAUCAUUACAUGUUUAUGGAGAAAGUGAUUCUAUUAUACCAAAAGAAAUGAGUGAAUCUUUAAUAAAUUUAUUUAACAAACCAUUAGUAGCUGAACAUUCUGGAGGACAUUAUGUUGCUUGUUCUGGUUCUAUCAAAGAUGCAUACCUUGAUUUCUUGCAUGAAAGGUAUCAAGAUAUAAUAGAAGAAAAUAAAAACGAGGAUGGAAGAACUUCAUAG